AACUGGAUCGCAAGCAGCAUGCUGAAACUCCUCUCAAAGAGUCCGGUUUGGGAACAGGACCUUCGGGAUAAACCGUGUGAGACUCUGGACGUGGGCUGCGCUGUUGAAAGAGUGCUCAGGAUGAGGAGGAGAGGAAGUUAUGAUGGCACUACUGCUCCCAUACAGCCACACCUGCGGGGUCUGGCGCAGAGGAGACGUUCUGCACCAAACCUGGUGCUGGGCAAAGCUUUAGGAAUGACUUGGAGUCCAAUAAGGGAAGAAGCUCAGUGUCUGGUGGCGGUGGAUCAGUGUCCCUUCGUGCUGGGAUUGACCAGCGAGAACUCCGAGCUGAUUCUGGAUGAAUGUGCUCAGCUGACCGAAGGACUAAAGACCAGAGAUAGACACCUCUUCCUCCUCAGUGACGCCCUAGUCAUCGCCAAGCUCAAGUCAAAUGCAAGCUACAGACUGAAACACAGGAUUGAUCUGAAGGACCUGUGGGUGUGCGGCUUUGAAAAUGAUGACGACGAGGCAGAGGACGAAGAUACAGAUGUUGAUCUAAGAACAUCUAUCGUAUUGGCUUGGUCUGUUUCUCUUUGCUUGGCCUCAUUCUGUUUGCCUGAGCUAAAGGACCACUGGCUAGAUACUCUACACAGUUUGCCUGAGCUAAAGGACCACUGGCUAGAUACUCUACACAGUCUUCUCAUGUUUUUGGUCCUCCAACAGGAAAUACUCCUGUUGUUGUUCAGGAAGGGUCCAUUUACUGAGGGUGUCUUCAGAGUCUCAUGUAACAGCAAAAACCUGAAUGCUCUCAAAGAACAGCUGAACUCUGGAGCCCAGGUGGACAUGGAAGCCCUGCCUGUGACGCUCCUGGUUGGAUUGUUGAAGAUUUUCCUGAAGGAACUCCCUGGAGGCCUGCUGGUAUUUGAGCACUAUGAAAGCUGGAUCAGUGCUCUAGAGAAAGAAAGGACAGAGGAUGCUCAGAGAGAGCUGAGAAGAAUGGCUGAGAAGUUGCCGAAAGCAAACAGUCUCCUCCUGCAGCACCUGCUGUGCCUGUUUCACCACAUCAGUCAGCAUUCAGAAACCAACAAAAUGGAUGCCAAGAACCUGGCAGUGUGCAUUGCUCCAACCUUGCUGCAUCGUGACAGCCAGCCCCUAGACAGGGAUGAUGUAGCAAAGGCCACAAAUCUUAUCCAAUUCCUUAUCGAAAAUUGCUGUGAGGUAUUUGGAAAUGCUAUCCUGAAGCUUUUUGGUGAUUUAGAGGAUCAGGAGUCCAUAGACAACUCAGAUUCAGCCUCGCUGGUGUCCCCUGAUAUCUCUUUUGAUGUCCACCAGCAUGACUCAGCAUACGACAGCACAGAUCCUGAUGUCGAUUGUGAUUGUCUAGAAGCUGAGAGCCGGUCUCAGGAGGACAACAUGAUGCCACAUGGGAGCCCAGGUCUAUGCCAACUUGAACGCUCUGACAUUCAUUCUUGUUCCUCUGAAGCUAUAUUUGAUUCUUUCACAAAUCCCUUCAAUCGCCGGUGCUCUGAGCCCUCCAUUUUUCCUUCUGCCCCCAUGACGGGUUUAAGAGAGCUUGCCCGCAGCCAUGACAACUUUUCGACAGAGAAGGAAGACUUUGACGACCAACCACUCAAGAAGCAGAACUCGGAUGACUCUUUCUUGCAUCCCCACCGCUGUGAGAACAGAAGAUCCCAGAUGGCCAAGACUUUGAACAUGGACUUGCCAAUUAGUGUGUCUUCUCCAACAUCUAAGGCUGGUUCCUGCCCAUCGUUCUGUUCCUCAGAUAGCACCUCCUCAAAUCUCUCAGAGCAAUCAAUAACCACGUCACCCCAGCCGUCCCCUGCAAGCCCCCGCAAGUCUACUAGGCAUUCAUCCUUUAUGAGUAAACCUAGACAUAGCAAUGCCCAAGGAGACCAGGAAGUGACCCGACGAUCCCUCUCAAUGAGGGCCAAAAGCCUUGGAAACUUUACGUUUAACAGAGGCAGUCUAAAGAAAGGAGAGUCCCAGAAGGAAGUAGUCUUCCCAUGUGAAACUCUCCAAGAGGACUCACAAAAUGAGACAGAGAACAUCGAUGAGCUUGUUCGGCGUCGACGGCCUCUCUCAGCCAUCGAGGUCUUCCAACAUGUGGAUAGUCUUAUGCCAUGCAGACCCCCAUCCUAUGAGCAGGCGCUGCAGACUGGAGCACAACCGGCCCCUCCGCAGUACAGGGCCAUGACUGUCCAACACGCCAGAGAGCUUGGCAGGAAAUCUCGCCCCAUAUCCAUGAACGACUACCUGCUGGACGAUUACAAAGUUAACGAACCAACAGAAUACAUAGAAACUUUCACAGAAAGCAUUCAAUUAGAAGAACCACAGCCGGUGUCGUUCCGGCAGAGGGCCAUGUCUGAGUCAGUGUCCCAGUCGAGGCAUGAACGAGUGUCCCACAGGUGUAGUCAGCCUGUGUUUGAGGAGUUCUCCUAUGCAAAGGAAUCUUAUGUGUGAGUGUUUCUUACUCAAUUGCAAUACUGAACUCCUGCUAAGAUUUAAAGAUGAAGUGUGUAAUUUGUUUGUGAUUAGCAUCACCAAGUGAAAUUGCAAAAACAAUGAUUGUUUUCAAACAGGUUUCCUAAGCACUCCACCCACUUACGUAAUUGAUUGAACUAUUUUUGCUUUGUUGGGCUGGACAGGAUGAUUAACCAAGCAGAGUAAUGUUUUGAUAGUGCCACAAUGUUUACACUUUUCAGAUAAAUCAACCCAUAAAAUGGCUUGCUUAUAGUUACAUUAAGCAAUGGUAGGAGAAUGCAUUUUAACAUAGAAAAUUGCACACUUCAGCUUUAAAAUAGCCUGCAACUAUUAAGCUGUUUAAAUUAGUGACACAUAGAAUUCAACGUGUUACAGCAAUUUCAUAUGCUAAUAUUGAAUCAUUUUAAACUCUUGCCAGUAUGAAGCUAUGUAAAUAGACAGUUAAAAUAAUUCAAUUGUAUAAUAUAGUAAAAUAGUUGGUGGUAUCUGAAGAAUUUUGAUGUAGUAAGAAUGUACAGCUGUUAAUUACAUGAUUUCUGUCUUAUUUCUACUCUUUAUUUCACUACAAUA